GUUGCCAAUCAAGCCGAGCAAAGGCUGCGGUGUGGGGAGAUAGACUGAGUUAAAGUUUAACCUGAGCUGAUUGUUAAACAGUCGUCCAGCUGAACCUUUGGAUUUUUGAUAUGAUGAUUACAGAACAACAUUGGUGACACGUCGCAAACCUCAUCAUAAUCAAGGAAGACUUUUCCGGGCGCUGAUCUCUCAAAUUGCUCAGUGAGCACCUCUAAUUUUCCUGAUUUAUUUUGCUGAUAAUCAUUCACAAUGGAAUCAAAUCAAAAAAACGGGGAUGGAUUGACCGGCACUCAAAAAGAAGCAACAUUACGUGCAUUGAUUCACCGCACAGGAUAUAGCUUGGUGCAGGAAAACGGACAAAGAAAAUAUGGGGGACCCCCUCCAGGGUGGGAAGGCCCACCUCCUGAGAGGGGCUGUGAGAUUUUCAUUGGCAAAUUACCACGGGAUCUUUAUGAAGAUGAGCUUGUACCAGUUUUGGAAAAUAUCGGGAAAAUAUAUGAAUUACGGAUGAUGAUGGACUUUAAUGGCAAUAAUAGAGGAUAUGCCUUUGUAUUGUUUACUAAUAGACAAGAUGCCAAGAAUGCAAUUAAACAACUUAAUAAUUAUGAAAUAAGAAAUGGCCGCCUCUUGGGUGUGUGCGCAAGUGUGGACAAUUGCCGGCUGUUUGUUGGCGGGAUUCCUAAAACAAAGCGGAGGGAUGAAAUUCUGGCAGAGAUGAAGAAGGUUACAGAAGGGGUGGUUGAUGUCAUUGUGUACCCCAGUGCAGCAGACAAGACCAAAAAUCGAGGAUUUGCCUUUGUGGAAUACGACAGUCAUCGCGCCGCAGCUAUGGCAAGGCGCAAAUUGUUACCAGGAAGGAUUCAGUUAUGGGGACACCCAAUAGCAGUGGACUGGGCUGAACCAGAGGUUGAAGUUGAUGAGGAAACAAUGUCAUCAGUCAAAAUUUUAUAUGUACGUAAUCUUAUGCUACCAACCAGUGAAGAAGCAAUUGAAAAAGAAUUUAAUAGCAUCAAACCAGGCACAGUUGAAAGAGUCAAGAAAAUCCGAGAUUAUGCAUUUGUUCAUUUUGUUACCCGAGAAGAUGCGAUUAACGCCAUGAACAAGAUGAAUGGAAAGGUGUUGGAUGGCUCUCCAAUUGAGGUCACUCUGGCCAAGCCUGUGGAUAAGGACAGUUAUGUGCGUUACACCAGAGGAACCGGAGGUCGAGGGGCAUUGCUGCAAGGAGAAUAUACCUACGCCUUAGGACAGGUAUAUGAUCCUGCAGCUGCCUACCUUGGGGCUCCUGUUUUCUAUGCACCCCAGGCCUACACAGCUAUUCCCAAUCUGCGUUUCCCAAACAAGGGGCAUCUCAGUGCAAGGGGGAUGAUACGGGCUCCCUCUGUGAGAGAAAUUUACAUGAAUGUACCUGUAGGGGCUGCAGGAGUUAGAGGGCUAGGAGGACGAGGUUAUUUGGCUUAUACGGGUGUUGGGCGUGGUUAUGCAGGUUACCACGUGAAAGCAGACAAAAGGCAAGAGGAGAAACUUUACGACCUCUUGCCUGGAAUGGAGCUCACUCCAACCAACCCAGUGACCCUGAAACCACAAGGAAUAAAGCACCCAUCUCAGAUUUUAGAAGAUAUAUGCCAAAAAAACAGCUGGGGACAGCCAGUUUACCAGCUUCAUUCGGCAAUUGGACCUGACCAAAGACAGCUCUUUGUAUAUAAGAUCACCAUUCCUGCUCUUGCCAAUCAGUACGCAAGCAUCCAACCGUUCACACCACCCAAACUGUGUACAUCUGUGGAGGAAGCAAAAAGUUAUGCAGCAGAGCAUGUCCUUCAGAUCCUAGGUCUUCAAACUGAAGGUACCGAGCCAACUGCAGCUGCUGCUUUCACAGGCAGACCUCUGUCUAUGCCUGUCUCCUACUUGGCUUCAUCCACUGAUCUCCCAUUCCCAUGUUAUGCUACAGGCUACACAUUAGCAGGUGCUGCAGCCACUGUGGCAGCUACACAACUGAAACAAGCGGUUGCCCUCGGCCAGGACCUAGCCACAUACGCCACAUACGAAGGUUAUCCCGCAUUCGCGGUGCCUACACGCGGAGACGCCUACGGAGCUUUCUGAUAAGAUUUGGACAAUGACGAGCAGCCCUGCUAACACACAUUAAGAGCAACAGUGGGAAUGAUGAUUGAAAUGAAUAGCCAAAUAUAGAUACAGAUUAAUAGAAUGUGAUUAUUCUCAACGAUAUGAUUCCAAUAACCAUGUAAACAAUUCCAAUAAAAGCUAGAAUCUAAUUAGAUUACAAGGCUAAUCAGCUUGUACACAAAGAUAUCUAUCUAUCUAUAUAUAUAAAUAUAUAUACAUACAUUAAGGAUGUAUCUUAAGUUAAGAGGACUUUUAACACAAAGUAAGAAAGCUAUAUAGCCCUUUAAUAUUUUUAUAUUUCUCAGGUAUAAUUUGGCCUUCAUGUUUACAUAGUAACUCAUACUUGUGCCAUACAGGAUACUCAGUUAUGAGAGGACUAUUAAAGUGUUCACGUGAGGUGUGUGCAUCUACUUUAGGUAUGCAUAACUAGAAAGUGUCCAUUUUGCGUUGUCUGCAUUUACUGAUAAAGUUCGUGUUUACUCAAUUUCAAUACAUUAUUGGGAUUGCCUUGUCCCAACUCUGAAUCGCUACCAUAGUCUAGUUUAACUGUAGUACCACAAGAUGGCCCCUGCAUAACAGGAUAUCAUUCCUAAUAUUUCCAUGACCAAAUAUAAUACAAAUCAUAUCCUACAAGCAAUGUGAGCAGGGAGUAUAAAAGAUAUUUGAAAAAAAAAGUUCCAACCUACAGCUGCUAUAUACCAAUAACCAAGUAGAGUAGCAUGUGAAGUCGAGGUUUUGUUCAGUAUUUAGCAACCAUUUUAAUGAUUCCCUUUCUCCAAAGUUUCGGCUGACUCUUUAGUUUAAAAUGGAACAAAACUAUGCUUUAUUGUAUUGUGCCAAAAAAAGGCAUUGACAUUAUAUUUGAAUUUUGUAAGGUGUUCAGGAAGGUGCCAAAGCCACAAACAGUGAUAACAGUAUUAAAACAUGCGCCUGGGAGCGUUUAGAACCUAUUUUUGUACCAGUCGUCAAAAUAUCAAUGUUUGUACAGAAUAUAACAUUUUCUCUCAGAUAUUGCAAUGUUCUUUAAAGAAAAUUAUCAAUCAUUCAUUUAAAAAAAACUGUUAUCGGGGAAAAUUGCUGACUAAUAAAACCUAAGAAUAAAUUGGCACUACAGAAUCAUGGGAAUACUAUCAGUUGGUUUGUGUAAUCGUUGAGUUCUAAACAAGGAAUAUUGUGAAGCCAUAGCAUGUUUCAUUGGAUUAUAAUUUCUCUUGGUCCAGUUACCAUCAGAGAUGGUGAAAAACAUCUAUCUCGAUCCUUCAUGAGUAAUGACAAUCUUUCAGAAUGUACUCAAUAAAUGUGGUAUGAAUAAUUAAUAAUGUUUACUUCAUUGCCAACUCUGUUUUCAAUAAAUGUUUCACAAAACUA